CCCACUGAUUACUCAAAACUAAAUAAUCAAUAUAGUAUGAUUAGUGGGACCGGGGUGAGCCAAUAACUAGAAACCGAUAAUUCUCAUAAGAUACUCUGCACUUAAGUAAUUACUAAGUUGCCAUUGUGAAAUUCUGUUAAUUGGGAACCGUUAUAUUAUGGGUUUCGAGCCGCUGGUUUGGUAUUGCCGGCCUGAUGCAAAUGGCGUUUGGGCUAAGACAACGGCUAGUGCUCUUGGUGCAUAUACGCCGUGUGGCAUUGAGUCGUUUGUGGGUUGUAUAUCAACUGUGGUUUUAUUGGGGUUGUGCUUAUACCGAUUAUGGCUGAUCAUGAAAGACUCUAAAGUACAGAGGUUUAGUUUACGGUCAAACUACUAUAAUUAUAUGUUGGCCUUAUUAGCAGGUUAUUGUGCUGCAGAGUCCUUUUAUAGAUUACUUUUUGGGGUUUCAAUGUUCGAUUUUGACGUACAAAGUAGCCUUGCUCCAUUUGAGGUGGUUUCCCUAAUACUUGAGACCCUUGUUUGGAGCUGUUUAAUGAUUAUGACUCUUGUGGAAACUAAAAAGUAUAUUAGAGAUUUUCGCUGGUAUGUCCGAUUUGGUGUACUUUACGUCUUGGUUGGGGAUAUGGUGAAAUUCCGUAUCAUUCUUUCGGUAACAGAUUUGUACCCAAGAUAUAUACUUUACGUGUACAUCAGUUCAUUGUUCUGCCAGGCUUUAUUUGGAGUAUUUCUUCUUGCUUACGUACCAAAUUUGGAGGCGUAUCUGGGUUAUAUCCCACUUCAAACUGAGCCUCAUGAUGAUAUCAAGUAUGAGGUGCUUCGUGGAGGAGAAUAUAUUUGUCCAGAAAGGCAUGCCAAUAUAUUAUCAAGAAUAUAUUUUGGAUGGAUCACUCCUCUCAUGGAGCAGGGCUACCGAAAACCUAUUACAGAAAAGGAUGUCUGGAUGUUAGAUACAUGGGACCGGACUGAGAUAUUGAGUAAAAAAUAUGAAAAAUGUUGGGCUGAAGAAUCUCAGAAGUCAAAUCCAGUUCUUUUACGCUGUCUGAAUAACUGUGUUGGGGGGAGGUUCUGGUUUGCAGGCCUUUUCAAGAUAGGCAAUGAUCUUUCCCAGUUUGUUGGACCAGUUAUAUUAAACUAUCUCCUGCAGUCAUUGCAACGAGGGGAUCCUUCAUGGAUUGGAUACAUAUAUGCCUUCUCAAUAUUUGUUGGUGUGUCAUUAGGAGUUCUCUGUGAAGCUCAAUACUUUCAGAAUGUUGCAAGGGUUGGGUUCAGGAUAAGGUCAAUUUUGGUGGCUGCUAUAUUUCGGAAAUCCUUAAGGCUAACCCAUGAAGCACGAAAGAAUUUCCAAUCGGGGAAAAUUACAAAUAUGAUAACAACAGAUGCUAAUGCACUCCAGCAAAUAUGCAAUCAACUUCAUGGCUUAUGGUCAGCUCCAUUCAGAAUUGCGCUUUCCAUGAUUCUUCUUUACCAACAACUAGGGGUUGCUUCACUUGUGGGUUCUCUGAUUUUGGUUCUCAUGUUUCCUCUACAGACAAUGAUUGUCAGCAAAAUGCGGAAAUUAUCGAAGGCAGGCUUACAGUACACUGACAAAAGAGUUGGACUAAUGACUGAAAUUUUGGUUGCGGUAGAUACUGUGAAAUGUUAUGCAUGGGAGCAAAGCUUCCAAUCUAAAAUUCAAACUAUCAGAAAAGAUGAGCUUCUAUGGUUAUGGAAGGCCCAGUUCUUGCAAGCAUGCAACAAUUUCAUACUGAACAGUCUUCCAGUUCUUGUGGCGGUGAUAUCAUUUGGAUUCUUCACAUUGCUUGGUGGAGAUUUGACACCUUCAAGGGCUUUCACAUCACUUUCUUUAUUUACAGUGCUGCGAACUCCUUUAAGCAGACUUCCUAAUAUAAUAACUCAGGCAGCAAAUGCAUAUGUGUCCUUACAGCGCUUGGAAGAACUAUUCUUAGCUGAAGAGAGGAUCCUCGUACCCAAUCCACCUCUUGAACCAGGGAUUCCAGCAAUCUCAAUAAAAAAUGGCUACUUUUCAUGGGAUCCAAAGGCCUCAAAACCAACUUUAACAGAUAUAAACAUAGAUAUACCAGUGGGCAGCUUAGUUGCAAUUGUAGGUGGUACAGGAGAAGGAAAAACAUCCCUUAUUUCAGCAAUGCUCGGUGAGCUACCUCCUUUGGAAAAUUCCAGUGCUAUUAUCAGAGGAACCACUGCAUAUGUCCCUCAGAUUUCAUGGAUUUUCAAUGCUACAGUACGUGAAAACAUAUUAUUUGGAUCAAAGUUUGAAGCUUCAAGAUAUUGGAAAACUGUGGAAGUAACUGCUUUGCAGCGCGAUUUUGAUAUUUUGCCAGGUCGUGAUCUCACUGAGAUCGGUGAAAGAGGUGUGAAUAUCAGUGGUGGCCAAAAGCAAAGAGUCUCUAUGGCUAGAGCAGUCUACUCAAACUCAGAUGUCUACAUAUUUGAUGACCCGUUGAGUGCUCUAGAUACUCAUGUUGGUCGAGAGGUUUUUGAAAACUGCAUCAAGGAAGAGUUGCGAGGUAAAACAAGAGUGCUUGUUACAAACCAGCUACAUUUUCUCCAUCAGGUGGAUAAGAUUAUUUUAGUCUCAGAAGGUAUGAUAAAAGAGGAGGGAACCUAUGAGGAACUAUCAGAAAAUGGGUUUUUAUUUAAAAAAUUAAUGGAAAAGGUGGGUGGAAUGGAUGAUCAUGUGGAUGGAAAUGAAUCCAAAUCCAAUAGCAACAAUGGAUCCUCAAAACAGUAUGUUGAUGAGAUGAUCAGUGAGUCUAUAAAUGAUCAAAGCAACACAACAAAAAAGAAGCGUAAAUCUGUUCUUGUCAACCAAGAAGAUAGGCAAACGGGCAUUGUUAGCUGGAAUGUUUUAGCAAGGUACGCGGAUGCUUUAGGAGGCCUGUGGGUUGUCCUGGUAUUAUUUAUGUGCUAUAUUUCAACUGAAGUUCUACGAAUUUCGAGUAGCACAUGGUUAAGUUACUGGACAGAACAAAGCAAUACAACAACUCCAGGACCUGGGUUCUACCUUCUUAUAUACACCCUCUUGUCAGUCGGACAAGUACUUGUAACUUUUCUAAAUUCAUUCUGGUUGAUAUCGGCUAGUCUCCGUGCAGCUAAAAGACUCCAUGAUACAAUGCUGCAUUCAGUUCUUAGAGCUCCUACAUCUUUUUUUCAAACAAAUCCACUUGGACGGAUGAUCAAUAGGUUUGCAAAUGAUCUUGGUGAUAUUGAUCGUAAUGUUGCUAAUCUUGUCAAUAAUCUUAUGACACAAGUUUGGCAAUUACUUUCAACUUUUGUACUAAUUGGAAUAGUAAGCACAAUAUCUUUGUGGGCCAUAAUGCCUCUUCUUAUUGUGUUUUACACAGCCUACCUUUAUUAUCAGAGCACAUCACGGGAAGUCAAGCGUUUGGACUCCAUUACCCGAUCUCCUGUGUACGCUCAAUUUGGUGAGGCAUUGAAUGGUUUAUCAAGUAUUCGUGCAUACAAAGCAUAUGAUCGUAUGGCAAAAAUUAAUGGGAAAUCUAUGGAUAAUAAUAUUCGGUUCACCCUUUUGAACCUCAGUUCUAACCGUUGGCUAACCAUAAGACUAGAAACAUUAGGAGGACUAAUGAUUUGGUUAACUGCUACCUUCGCUGUUAUGCAAUUUUCUAGAACCAAUGAUCAAGUAGCUUUUGCAUCCACAAUUGGGUUGCUCCUCACUUAUUCUCUAAAUAUCACAAAUCUUAUGAGUAAUGUUUUGAGACAAGCAAGUACAGCAGAAAAUAGUUUUAAUGCAGUUGAGCGAGUGGGCAUAUAUAUAGAUUUACCAUCUGAGGCUCCGUCUAUAAUUGAGAAUAACCGUCCACCACCUGGAUGGCCCUCGUUGGGUUUAGUAGAAUUUGAAAACAUAGAGUUUCGGUAUAGACCAGGUCUUCCACCAGUUUUGCAUGGCUUAUCUUUCAGCAUUUCUCCUACCGAAAAAGUUGGAAUAGUUGGAAGGACGGGUGCAGGAAAAUCUACUAUGAUCAAUGCAUUGUUCAGGAUGGUUGAGCUAGAAAAAGGAAGAAUUUUGAUUGAUAAUUAUGAUAUUUCAAGUUUUGGAUUGACUGAUUUGCGCAGAGUUCUUGGGAUUAUACCACAAUCACCGGUUCUCUUUUCAGGUACGGUGCGUUUUAAUCUUGAUCCGUUUAACGAACAUAGUGAUGUUGAUCUUUGGGAGGCUCUUGAACGCUCAUAUUUAAAGAACGUGAUCGCGCGGAAUCCCUUGGGUUUGGAUGCUGAGGUCUCAGAGGGAGGGGAGAAUUUUAGUGUUGGACAGAGACAACUACUAAGUCUUGCUAGGGCAUUGCUGAGGAAAUCAAAGAUUCUUGUUCUUGACGAAGCAACUGCAGCCGUCGAUGUUAGAACGGAUGACCUGAUACAAAAAACAAUAAGAAAAGAAUUCAAAUCAUGCACAAUGCUCAUUAUUGCUCAUCGACUCAAUACCAUUAUUGAUUGCAACCGAAUUCUUGUGCUUGAGAACGGUCAAAUUCUUGAAUAUGAUACCCCAGAAAGACUUAUUUCAAAUGAAGGGGCAUUUUUGAAGAUGGUUCAAAGUACAGGCGCUGCAAAUGCUCAGUAUCUACAAGACAUUGCACUUGGUGGAGAAGGAAUUAACAAGUUCACAGGGAGCCUGCAGAAACAAAUUGGAUUGCUGACAUCAUCUGAAUCAACGCCUGCAGCGCAAAUUGUUCUUGAUAUAAAUCCCGAAGCUAUUGAAACUAAAGAUGGUAACAAUGUGCAACACGAAAAGAAAGGAUAACUUUCAGAGGGAAAUUGAUUGUAACUUAUGUGAAUACACACAAUUAUUCAUCUUCUCGUUAUCGUGAUUCUGAAAAUCAACAAAGUAUCGUCACUUUUUGGUUUUGACAGUGGUUACUUGGCUCAAAGUCUACACCAGACCUACGUGUACUAUGUGACGAAUUAUAUGAUCAUAGCUCGUAAUAGCUAUACUUUUUAGUAGAGCACAAAAAUGUCUAAAACAAAUAAGGUUAACAGAUUUUCUUUGUAUCUCACUAUUUGUUACGUAUGAUGCAAUUGCAACUUAUAUUCAGGCA